AUGCAAUACUGUUCCUGAAUGCAUUUAUUAAACCACGGCAUACAUUACUUUUAAGAAAUCUACCAUGCUCUAAAUACAUGAGAGCCUAUCUUCCGUGGGGGGCAAUCAACCGGAGGGCCCCGGGCGCUAGGGCGGAGGAGGUGAGUGGGGCGGGGACCGGGAGGCAGGGAGGGCGGAGCCGCGGCCCGGGGUCCGGGUCAGUUUGCGUGUGCUGGGCUCGAAAGAGGAAAGGUCGGCGCCGGGGGUGCCUUGUUAUCUCAACAUGGAAGCGCUGCCUCCCGGGCUCAUCCAGAUUGUGCACGGAGCUCCCGACUUCCCUUGCCGUUGCAUCCUCCUAGGUGGCAGGGGCUGUAGGAGGGUCCUCGCCCGCGCCCUCCGCGUCCCCGCCCCCAGGCCGGGAUGGCCUCGCCCACGCUGGGUGAAGUCCCGGAGGCCCGCCCCGCGAGGGGGAGGACUCCGCGGGGGUGGGCGCACGCGAGUCUGCGAAUGUCGAUAUUAAAGGAAUACGCAAAUUCGGCGGCGUGGUCCCCGCAGCUCGCCCGCACCUAUUUUUAAUAUCUAAGCCAAGAGUGGAGCUCAUAGAAGGACCUCCUUGUAUGUUACGUGCAGCAGUCUCUUCAGUCUGGCAUGUGGUCACGUCUGUGUGAAUGUGACGUGCUGCUGUUACUGAUUGAGGAUAAUUUCUAGUUCCUUCAUCUUCCUUCACAUACUAACAGUCGUGUUCCACCUGCCUUUGGUCUGCAGUGGUGUUGUCCCAGAGGAUGGCCUUCCCUGUGGACGUGCUGGAUACUUGCAGUCACGAGGACCUGGAAAAUUCCGCUGAGGAUUACAUGUCCGAUCUCAGGUGUGGGGACCCUGAGAACCCUGAGUGCUUCUCUCUUCUCAAUGUUACGAUCCCUAUUAGCCUGUCAAAUGUAGGCUUUGUACCUCUUUAUGGUGGAGAUCAGACCCAGAAAAUUCUUGCUCUUUUUGCACCUGAGGACUCGCUCACAGCUGUGGCGCUUUACCUUGCUGAUCAGUGGUGGGCUAUUGAUGAUAUUGUGAAAACAUCUGUCCCUUCUAGGGAGGGGCUUAAGCAGGUGAGAACUCUUGGGGAGAGAGUGGUUCUAUAUGUUCUGAAUCGAAUUAUUUAUAGAAAACAGGAAAUGGAGAGAAAUGAGAUCCCAUUCCUGUGUCAUAGCAGUACUGAUUAUGCUAAGAUUCUGUGGAAGAAAGGAGAGGCCAUUGGGUUUUAUUCAGUUAAGCCUACAGGAAGCAUAUGUGCCUCAUUUCUUACCCAAAGCUACCAACUGCCAGUUCUUGAUACAAUGUUUGUACGAAAGAAAUAUCGAGGCAAGGAUUUUGGGCUUCAUAUGCUGGAGGACUUUGUUGAUUCCUUUACAGAAGAUGCUCUUGGCCUGCGGUAUCCACUGUCUUCUCUCAUGUACACAGCUUGCAAGCAGUAUUUUGAAAAGUAUCCAGGAGACCAUGAGCUCCUUUGGGAAGUUGAAGGUGUGGGACACUGGUACCAGCGAAUGCCAGUCACCAGAGCGUUGCAGAGAGAAACACUUAAAAUUACAGCAGUUUCUCAAAAUGAAGCUAAAAGACCUGUGUCUGGAGAAUAUGGUCUUGCGUCUGUUCCAGAAUAUGAAGCAGGAACUGAAGACAAUCAGCCUAGUGAGAUGCAGCUAACGAUUGAUUCUCUAAAAGAUGCCUUUGCAAGCACUUCUGAAGGUCAUGAUAAAACACCUGUUUCCACUCGUACUCGGAGUAGUCAGCUAAAGCGGCCAAAGAUUGGAAAGCGUUUUCAGGAUUCUGAGUUUAGUAAUUCUCAAGGGGAAGAUGAAAAGACUCCCCAGACCUCACCUACAGCUUCAGUAAACAAAUUGGAGUCCACGGCACGCACCUCAGAGAGCUCAGAGGAAUUCCUGGAAGAAGAACCUGAACAGAGUGCGAUCGAGUUUGAGGAUGAAGGUAGCGAUAAAGAGGCACGGCCCAUGCCGGAAACCCAGCCUACCCCGGACAAGCAGGACGGUGAAAAGGAGUCUGAACUAGAGCCUGUGAAUGGUGAGAUAGUGGAUGAUACGCUUAAGACCUCGCUGACAACUGAAGAGGAGGACUCCGCUAGUGAGGUUUUAGAUGAAGAAUUGAAACUGCAGUCUUUCGAUUCCGGUGAGGACUCUGCUACUCUUGUUCCGCUGGUGGUGGAAUCUUCCAAACCCUCUGAGGCUGUUGCCCAGGAGAAGACCUCACAUAUAACUGACUCAGAAAUGUUGCUAGAGGAAGGCCCAGCUGAUGAAAAGGGGCACCCCGAAGAGAAACUGCCACUAGUUUCAAGAAAGAAAGCGCACUUUGGGAGUUCAGACAGUGUUGCUGCUAUCCCAAAUGAGGAGCGGUCUGACAGUGGUUUUCCAAACUCUGUGAUGACUGAGUUUUCUGAGGAAUCCAUCUCUGAAAAUCUGUCCCCCAACACCACUUCCUCACUGGAAGACCAGGGCGAGGAGGCGGCUCCCGAGCCCCAGGAGCCGGUGGCGGCCCUCCAGCAGAGUUCUCUGAUAGAGGUCGAACUCGAAGACGUGCCCUUUUCACAGAACGCGGGACAGAAGAACCAGUCGGAGGAGCAGUCGGAGGCGUCUUCGGAGCAGCUGGAUCAGUUUACACAAUCAACUGAGAAGACUGUGGACAGCAGCUCAGAGGAGAUCGAGGUGGAGGUGCCCGUGGUGGACAGGCGGAGUUUGAGAAGAAAGGCCAAGGGGCACAAAGGGCCUGGUAAGAAGAAAGCCAAGCUGACCUAAGUGAAGGCGUGCAGAGCAUGAAGCCUCUUCCUUGUAACAUAGUGGUGGUUUUUAACUAUGAUCCUUAAUAAAUAGCAUGGGGCACAGGACAAAAAUUCCAGAAUUUCAAUUGGGACUUAGGAUGCCGUUUUUCCCUCCCCACUAGGACCCUAGGAUUCACCAUUCUUCUUAAUUUUUCAGCUAUUUUGUGUAAAUACAAUUUUUUAUUUUUAUUAACCAUGUUUCAAUUUUGGGAAACCAGAUCAUACUAUUUUUUCUUUAGCAGUUGGAGACAUCUGACCGUUAAUAUUUCAGAAAAUAUAAAUUAAAAAACUGAAAGUAGUAGGCUUUUUAUUACUUGUAAGGAUCACAGAAAUCUUUUAUACUAAGGGUUUUAAUAGUAAACUUGGUGAAGGUUCUAGAAGUUUUAUCUCAAAUAUCAAAACUAAUCACCAUUUUUUAAAAUGUAGGCAUGCCUAAACAAAAAUGUCAGUAAAUUAGAAUAAAUAUAACUUCAACUAAGUGAGAGCACAAAUACAGAAAUUUGUGGUCAAAGGUUUGUGAAGGUUUUGGCCUCUUAAUUCUUAGUUGUGUAGAGGCAAUUUCUUCCUUUGACUUCAGUGUCUGUGAAAAGGUACAAAAUCUGUGUCCAGCUCACUCUUUGUAGCAUCUGAUGCCAACAGCACUGCUAGGGAUUUCCUGUGGGCCUCUGGGCACUAGCGUAAGCCUUCGAAGUUCCACCUGGAGCGGGGACUGUGCUUUCCUCCUCACCCGUUAGCGUGUGUACUUCAGGAGCGUGAGAACCCUUCCUCUGGCGUCUCCUGACCCUGCCACUGCCUUUAGUCCAGAAUCUUACUGACAACCCCCUCAGCCGCCAUCCACUUCACUGGCCCGUGGACUGACUCCUGUCCAAAGACCUGCCUGGCAGCUUGGGCCCUUGGCAUCCGUUUCUGGGCAGGUAUGCGCUGCGCCCCAGCCUUGGGCCUUGGCGGCAGGAAUAGAGCUGCCCUGGGAACUGCGGUUGUCCCUGGGGCCUUGCUCACUCUGGACCUGUUCUGUGACGACAGGUUAAAAGCCAGCCUGUGUGUGGACAUGGUGUUGCCAUAGCAAAGGCCUCUGCGUAGGAAAACAAAAGAAAAACCUCUUGGUUGUUAAUUUUUGUAUAGUAAUUUAUUGAAAAAUGGAUUGGUGGUUCUUAGACUCCAAAGAGAAUCUUCAAACAAUCCUACUCUUUGGAAGUAUUCUGUUCUCUCAAAUUUGCUCUUAAGUUGGAGAAUGCUUUGAGACCUUUUCGGUUGUUCUUCAAACAGCUUGGUCCCUACAUGAGGAAAACAUGUUCUGCCUGGUCCCUGUCGGAGGCGCUGAGGAUGAGUGCCGCAGGUUUAUUCACCCUGCAGUCGGGGGAUGCCAUCAAAUCUUAUUUUGGGAUGUUGGUAUUUUAGAAAGAUCUACUAAGUUGAAUUGAAAAUCUCUAAGCUAGCUCGCGAACCCUCCUAUUUAUGUAAAAUUUUGAAUACUUGUAUCUCCUACAUUUUCUUUAAUUAUUGGUCAGAGGUAAGCCAGAUUAUUUCACUGUAAAUGGAAAUUAAAGCACUUUGGCCAUUUGUCUUCUCAACAAAUACUAAUUAAGUGAAAGAAUAAGUAUGACUAAUACUAGCGUAUCUAUCAGACAUUUAGGCUGUUUUAUACAUUUGUGAGAAACUUUUGUUAGUACCACAAUUAGGGGAAUGUUAAGAUUUAGUAAAUUCUUAACCUUUCCAUUUUUAAUUUCUUAAAAUAGAUUUAAAAACCUAACACUUAGGUAUUUUACUUUUUUACUUGGAUUGUUUAUUGUUGUCUUUAAAAUAUUUUCUUUAAAAAGGUGUAGUUUAAGAAGAUAGAGCUCUGACAACUCUUGAUGUGAGUGGUCACUGACUUGACAAAAAAGUUUAUUCAUAUAUGAUCACUGGGGACUAACAGGAUAAGCUUGGUAAACUGGGUUUAUUCUUAAACACUAAGUGCAUUUUAAGCAAUUUCAAAACUUUUCAGCAUACAAGAAAAUUUUGUUACAUAUUCUGACAGAAAAUGUUAUUUUGGGAAUUAUAGAUGGUAGAUAAGGAAAAGUUAGGUCAUGUGAAAAAACCUAACUUCCAUGUUCAGUAAAUGAGUUCUAUACCCAGUGAGUAUAGAAUUUAUAACAAAACUUAUCCUCCAUAAGGAAUCUAAAUAAAACUUAAUCAGAUACUUGUCAUUUUUGCAAGGCGUUAGAAAAACUUUCAAAAUUAGAAGACUGAAAUCUGAUUUCACCCAGCUCAUCUAGUCGUUGUGUCCAGUCACAUUGUAUAGUCCUUUGUGAACUGCUUUUUUGCUUAGAAGUCUUACUUGUGGAGAAGGGAGUUCAGUUUGUGUAAAUACUUAUAUAUUUCCUUGUGUAAUAUAAAGCAGUAAUUAGCAAAAUGUUACUUCUACUUUCAAGUUUAAAUUAUUCAAUUGCUAGACAUCACAGAAAUAUAUUUAAGACUUUAUUAUAAAUCUCCUCUAUAACUUGUAAAGGUGAGAGGGUCUCUUAUGAUUUUUUAUAAAAUCAAAUAGCGUGACAGAAUGUCCGUCUUCUGCUACUUAAAAUGUGUGUAUGUUCACGGUGUUCCCAUUCAGUGCAGAGAAUUAUCAUGGCAAGGAUAACAAUUACUAGUGACUAAUGGUUCACUUUUAACUGACCACCAGAACGUUACCUAAAACGGUUCAGUGACUUUAGAAAAUAUCUUGAAGGUUUACGAUUGCGUCAAAUUGAGCCUUUACCUGGGACCUAAAUCAUCCGCUCUUAAGUUCUGCUUCACCCUUAGGGAUUACCUUCUAAGGUUUGGUCACACCAGCAAACUGAAACAGAUCUUAAUGUAAAUAAAGAAUUUAUACUAACAUUACUCAUCUGUGCAACAGUAUUUUAGAAAUAAAGUUCUGCCCUGUAUGUUCACUAGUAGCAAUAUGGUGUUUAGGGUGUUAUCCAGUCUCUCACGGGCGUGACUAGUUACAAGUGUUACGCUUCUGUUUGCAUACUUAAUAUCAAGCUUUCUUUGUACAAGAUAGCUAAUUUGCUUGGUUUUGGUUCUAAAAAUAAGCAAACCUCAGUUCUGUAGUAUCCACUGCUUUAGUUUUUCCUUUCACAUUCCAAAACUUAAGUCAUUCACACAUUCUCCAUUUCUCUUAGUAGCAGAAUCAUUUGUUAAAAUCUAAUUGUUAGCAAGGUUCAGCUUCUGUCAUCCUGAAGUAGCUGUCAUACUGGAUAGUCAUUCCCAAGGAACUAGCCUUUCUUUUCCUAAGUGUCUGUGUGUUCUAAAGCUUCUACUAUGUUUAUAUACAACUUAGAAAAGAUGUUACAUUAUUCAGAAUAGCAAGUCUUACUGAAGUACUUAUGUUUGUUUUCUUGAUAGGUUUUUUUUUAAGUUUAAAAGUAGUAAUUAAACCUAUAUUUUGUGAUUGUU